UCGAAUGUGUUCUGAGCACUUGAAUGGCUUCUCGAUAAACAGUUUAUAAUAUAUAUCGACAUGGAGAAAGUCCUAAGCUACAAUCUUGAGCUCGAGAAGCAAAAGCAAAACGUCUUUGUCACSCAAUUAAGAGAAGAUGAAGAUGACGAAGAAAAAGAUKUUAGAAAGUUUCCAAUCGUACAAGAGUCAGCAGAUAAGCUUCUGGACACUGGCCUCAAGACAUUGCAGUCCACACUACUUUUAAAAAAGCAAGUUGAAGUGGAAAAAGUACAAGAAAAUUUAGAGAUUAAAAGACAACAAUUUACAGAACGGAUGGCAAUCUGUAAAGAGAAGGAAGAAGAACUCAAGAAAAAACAAUURCAGAUCAGGGAACGUGUUACCAGGUUUGAAAAAUUCAUCAAAGAAAAUGAYGCAAAGAGAAGGCGGGCCAUCCAAAAGUAUCAGACGGAGCUGAAGCUUAAAAAUCAAAAGACAAAGGAACAGGGUUCGCUGUCACAGGAACUGCACACGUUACGACUAAAGAAUUCAACUCUGGAGAACAAAAUAGCCAAAUAUUCGGUGUAUGAAAGAUUUUUACACAAAGUAACUGACAUUGUCCCUGAUGAUUAUCUAGAAGCCAGUGACUCYAUGAUAAUGGGUUUGAUGAUGAGAUUUAAGACCUUGAGCACCACCAAUGAAACAUUAGUGAACCUCUUGACAGACAGAGCAGACGAGGUGGAAAAAUGUCAGCAGAAAUUACAAGAAAUGAACCUCAGCCAUACUCAGAAUUUAGUGUUGAUAAACAGUGAGCUGGCUUCUCUUCAAGAGAGGUUAGAGGACACAAUGCAGAAAAAURCAGAGCUUGAUCAGCACCUUGUCAACAGGAAGAUGGUUAUCAGAGAACAGAGUGAAACGUUAGGAAGAAUUAAGUUGGCCAUCAAUAACAUAGCUGAAAGAUGUCAAAGAAAAGUACUCGUCCCAGUAGAAACACAAGAUUUUGAGACAAAAAUGGGAAUUAUACAGGGGCACUURAAAGAAUAUAACGAUAUUGUGAUACUGGCAAAACCUUCAGAAACCUCUUCAGAAAAACAGAGCUACCAACUCAGCAGUCCGUCUAUCUUGAAACACAGAGAAUCGCGUCUUCCCAGCACGCACAAAACGUUGAAAUUCGCCGAUARCGUCCCGCGUAAAACGGCUCGUUCAAACACAAGAGGUGCAGUAGCAUAGUUACGUGCUGACGUGAAGUCAUAGGUUGUCACUGACCAUACCAGUACUGUCAUCGUCAUCCUAAUAUGGAAUGUCCCCCUAAGUGUACCAGAGUGCUAUGCGAUCCGCGUUUUUUUUAUAAAAUGAACCUGGAUGAAAGGUUAUAAACACUGUCUUAUCUUUCAGUAUAUUUUGCGGCUUUAAUUAAUUGUUGGAGUGCAAAAUGUAUAAUAAUGGAAAGACUUCUUCGGACAACUGUCAGAUUAAUCUUUUUUAAUACAUACACAGAAGAAAUUAUUUUAUCAUGAUAUCCAAAUGUAAAUAUGUAAAGGAAUGAAUAAUAAAAGUUAAAACGUUUUUAA